GAGACGAAGUGGAAGAGCGUAUCAAGGGCAAGAGUGGCAGGCUUCGAGUGGUGGCCUUGGGGAAGGGCGACCAGGGUUCUGUGGCCACGCUGGUGGCGGACAAGAAGGAAGCCAAGUGGAUGAAGAAACACUUAGAAAGCGUGGUGAAGAAGAUCUUGGAUGACGUGGAGGUAGCAUCGGUCCAAGACCACUCAGAAUAUUUGGACUUGGACUUCAGUAUCGAUGUCAUGAAAGCGGGCAAGGGCCGAGAAAUCGUCGAUGUGCUCGCAGUGCCCGAAACCAGCAUGAAGAUUGCGGACACCAUGGCGAUCAUGCGUGGCAUCGACACCAAGGUGCAGGUCACCUGUCCCGCCGCCUCGCGAAAGCUCGCGGACUUGGAGGUCUCUGUGAAUUGGACUGCGAAGCGGCCCACGACCGGAGACAUGGACUGCCUCUGUGUGAUCUUCGCCGAGGAACACCUGAUCUACGCUUGCACCUUCAGCUCGCUUAUCAACAAGGGAGCGACCUCGGCGACCCAGAGCAAGGACGACUACUACCAUCAAGAGAUGGCCAAGUCCGUGGCCAGAGCAUUGGAUCCAGGAGCACCCACUGAGAACCAUUGUCCCAUGCGGAUCGACCUCUCUGCCCUUCCGCGCGAGGUCACAGACAUGUACUUCGUGGUCUCAGCAGAUGAGGGCGAGGAGCUUUCCAGCUAUGCCAGCUGUUCGUUGUCCUUGGUAGACCUUGCCCGCGAUCAAGAGCUGACCAAGUGUGAAGUGCCACCACCGAAAGCCCAGAGCUUGGUGGUGUGCUCCCUGACUCGCCACGACAACGGCUGGGUGGUCCUCUCCGUGAACGCUCCAGUGCACCUGGGCGGGGCGCGAAGAUUCGAGCCCAUCCUGGACACCUUAGCAGAGCGUCAGAGUCGGCACCUCAACUGGGAGCGACGGAGGGACUUGCUCUACCUGCGAACGCUCCACAAGUGUGGUCGGAUGGCCCGCUGCAGCGACGCGGAAUUCGCCGUGGUCAUGCACAAGACCAAGCGAAGCUUCGCGCUCUUCUUCGCGCGGAGAAGCGGGCUGGAUUGCUGCGUGCGCAUGCGCGCGCGAGCGCACCAUGCUCGCUGUGCCACCACUGGUGGCUCGGACGCCUGCAAAUGGAAGACCGAAGGCAUGAUCUGCCGGGAGGACUUUCAUCAAGCGAUUCAGGGGAAGUACGGCGAGUACAAGCCCACCAAGGGCUUCUUCGAGGCCUGCGUGGUCUUCGCGGACGCCAGCGGCUUCACCGCGCUCACCGAGGCCUUGGCGAAGCAGCCCCACGGCGCUGAAGAGAUUGGUUCCUGUUUGAACGGUUUCUUUGGGACGCUCAUCGAUAUCAUCACUCACUACGGUGGGGACGUUUUGAAGUUCAGUGGGGAUGCGGUGACCAUCCUUUGGAAGGUCCUCCCAGGUGAUUCAGAGGAAACCCAGGAGAAGGCACGCCAAAGAGCCGUGCUCAGCGCCUGCAGCUGUUGCGAGAGCUUGCAACGUCAAGCGCAAUCCUUCGGGCAGACGCCGGUGCCAGAGGUGACCCUCACCUUGCACAUCGGCGUGGGCUUUGGUCCACUGAAGCUCCUACAGCUGGGUGGGCUCUUAGACCGCUGGGAGUUCUGCGCGGCCGGGCAGCCGCUGGAAGAGGUGGCGAUUGCCGAACCUUUGGCCAAGCCAGGGGAAACGGUGGUAAGCCCAAGCAUUCAACAGAUCCUGGGUUCCAAUGAUUUCUUUUCCUUCCAGGUGUGUCCUGGAGCUCCCGAACGGGAGGAUGAUGGUCCUAGCUACGCCUUGUUGCGCUGUGAACAACUUGAUGUCAGUAGUCAGUCGAUGACGGGGCAGGGACGCAGCCGUGCCACGCUCCAACGUUUGGAGCGGCCCUUGGAUGCCAAGGUGGUCCAGAGAUAUGUGCCCUACGCCGUCAGGAGGAAACUCAAAGAGCAGUCGGAGGCUUUGGUGCUCGGCCUGGAACCGGAAAUGCGCCGCGUCUCCGUGAUCUUCCUCUCCAUCCGAGGUUUGAAUCCUGGUGGUGUUGGCAAAGACCAGGACGUGGAACGCACACAACUGGUGGUCCAACUGCUGCAACAAGCUACCUAUGCCUUCGAAGGUAGUGUCAACAAGUUCUUGGUGGAUGAUAAAGGGAUGCUUUUGCUUUGCGGCUUUGGGCUUCCACCCUUGAAUCACUACAUCGAUGAUCCGCUCCGUGCCGUCUUAGCGGCCGCACGCUUCUGUGACACACUGGCGGAAGAGGGCUUGGAGGGCCAAUGUGGAGUGGCCACCGGCACUGUGUGGUGUGGCACCGUGGGCAGCACCAUCCGGCGUGAGUACACCGUCUUAGGGGACACGGUGAACUUGUCUGCGCGCUUGAUGGCGAAAACGGACCGAAACACCGUGCUCGUGGACGCAGAGACCUUUCGGUCUUGCCGGAGUAAGUUGUCCUUUGACUGUUUGGGCGCGAUCCACGUGAAAGGCGCGGGUCCCGCGGCGGGUCCCGCGGCGGUUGGAGCAACGAAGCCCCACGCGGAGCUAGGCGAGUGGCUGAGCGCCCAGCACGGCCGCCUCGUGGUCCGAGACCGUCGCGUGUGGCGCAGUGACUUCCUCUUCGGCCUGCUGUUGGAUGCGGAGGGCGGCGCGGAGGGCCAGCUGCGGCUCCAUUUGGCGCACGGCGAGGAGCUUGCGUUGAACACGCUCCUUUCCACGCGCUCCCUCCUCCUCUGGCACACCAUCCCGGAGCUGGGCGGACCUUUCCAGGGCGACACCUGGGACCGUCAGGACGGUUGA